CUGCUCAAAAUCUGCUCACUUAUGGCUUUAUGUUCAAAAAUGCCGCAGAGAACAAGCUUCAGAUUUUUUGCUUCUCUUUCUGUUGACAGAUUUGAUGUAGAUUUCACAGUGUUUCUAAGCAGAUCUCACGGCCCUUUAUGUUUGAAUACUCUCAAUUCCAGAUGUGGCGUGGAGCUCUAUGCACUGAACCAAUUUUGUCGGUAGCUUGGAUACUGCCAAGACAUACCAUUCCCGCCACUGUUCUCCUUCAACCACAGCUAUCCUCUUCGAUUUAUGAUUGGGGAAUCAAACAUUUUGAUCGCCAAGCUUGCUAAAAUCACAAAAACAUUGCAGACAAUGAUCUUGCCAGAUCCUCUAUUCUGACCGAGUUGUACACCCUCCUAUAGAAGUUGGUGGCAAGACUAUUUCCAUCCUCGGUUCCUCGAUGUUAUGGACAAUAUUUCUGCUCUGGCUCCUCUUCCAGUCACCAAAAAAUUUGAAGAAAAGGAUGUUGCAGAGGAAGGUGGUGACCUGGAAUCUGCCAUGGUUGUCCAUAUUAGCAAGCUAGAUUUGCCAAGGAGAGCUCCUAGAACUCUAGUCAAGAGGAAAAUUGCCACUCCUACAGAUUCCACGGAGGAGAAUACUCCCUUCAAGCAGCGAAGAACCGGAAUAUCAAGAGGCUAGAUCAUUGCGUAUAGCAAUUCAACAUGGUCUCACUUUUGGAGAAUAUAAUGAAGCAAUGAUUCUAGAGUUAGAAGACCUUGAAGGUAUGUAAUUGACGGCCUUAGAUAGGCUACAAACGCAAAAAUUAAAAGUGGCUCGAGCAUACAACAAACGGGUGAAAUCCAGAAGUCUGGUAGAUGGAGAUCUGGUAUGGAAAGUAAUUUUGCCACCUGGAAAGAAAGACCCCAGAUUUGGAAAAUGGUCUCCAAAUUGGGAAGGACCAUUUCGUAUACAUUAAGUGCUUAGAGGAUGAGCAUAUUGGCUUGAAUCAUUAAAUGGAGAGUUACAUCCUCGAAAAAUAACUACCCUAUGAUAUGGGAGGCUAGGGGUUCGAAUACCAUUGGUUCUACCUGAGACAGAUUUGAGUAGGAUUUGUACAGGAUUUUAUUUCAUUGUUUAGCAUUUUAUCAUUCAAUAAAAGUGCUGAGUCGAAUUUGUAAUUAGGCCAAAUCUGGCUGUGAACAACCUCAGCGACCAGAUUUUGGCCAUGUUAGAUUUCAACUUGUAACAGAGUAUGAAUAAAAAGUACAAGCAGCA